AUGUUAACAACUGAUACUAAUGAUAGAUUAAUUACUUAUUUAAAACAUUUAUAUGAUGAAAAUUGUUCAUUAAAACAAAUGAUACGUGCUUAUAAUAUUUUAAAACAACAAUUUCAAAAUCUUUUAAAUCAACAUUUACAAUUAAUUAAUAUAGCACUUCAAUGUUCAUCUGUUAUUGAAAUAAUGAAAAAAUCUGAUCUAUAUUCAUUUCAUGAAUAUCAAAGAUUUUAA